AAUUAACUGUAAUACAUGAAUACAUUUUUAAAUAGCUUAAGACAUAAAUAUUUUCAAUUUAACUUUUGUACUAAAAUUUGUCUAUAUUUCAAAAAAUUGUCAAUCUUACAAUAAAAAUGAUUCAAAUGAUUUUAUUAAAAUUAUUUAUAAUAUUUUAUAUAUGCUAUGGAACAUAUGGUGAUCUUGAAAAGGACUUAGAUAAAGCAUGGGCUGAAUUUGAUAAACAAUUAAAAUGUGAUCACUUACAGUAUAUUGGUUACAAUGAAGGAAUGGAAGAUGAUAUGGACAUGCAUUCUAAAAUAAAAAGACAAUAUUUAUCUUCAAUGAAUAAUAUUAGAAAUUGGCAUGGUGUAGAACCUCUUAAACAAAAUAAUGACUUAGAUGCUUUUGCACAGUCAUGUGCAAAUAAUUUUACCAGGUUAGAACGGCUUGGUCCAUUCUAUUCAAUUUUCGGAAUAUUUAUUACAUCUCGUUUUUCUCUAAAUUUUAAAGACUUAGGAAAAAAUAUACCUUAUGAAAUAUAUAGAGCUGUUGAUAAUGAUGAUAAACCUUUUGAUUUUGAAGCAAAUGAGGAUGAAAUGAUUAAAAUUGAGAAAUAUUCUUGGAAGUGUCAACUUUCAACUACUAUAAUUUGGAAAAGUUCCAUUAACAUAGGAAUUGGUGUGGCAAAAAAAAAUGAAACUAUAAUUGAUGGUGAAAAAGUAAAUGGAUCAUUUUAUGUUAUUGUAGCAAUAAUACAUCCGAAGCCACACGUAUUGGGAAAAUAUAAAGAAAAUAUAACACCUAGAAAUCUUGAUAUCAUGAAACAUGAUGGUUAUUUCGAAUUUCUUCAGGAAGCAAAAAAACGCGACGAAAAUAUGAUUAAAUACGAUUUCCAGUCAUAUGUCAAAAGACUUACGGGAUCUUCUUCUAAAAGAAAUGUCAGCCUUGAAAAAAAAGAAAACUAAACUUUCAAUAAAUUCUUACUUGGUUUUUGAUUAUGCUGUUAAAAUUAAUGUUUAAUUAUAACUAAAUUAAUAUUUGUGAAAAAUGUCCAUAACAUUAUUAAUAUUUGUACGAAUUAAAUUUAGAAUACUUAUAUUUAUAAUAUAAAAUACAUAUAUUUAUGAUUCUUUAAAAAACAUCAAAAUA